AAAGAGUGAACAGAAAAAGGAAAUUCUUCGUUUCCAAAUGUAUGAAACGACGCCGUUGGAUCCGUCUCUUCCAUAACUCCCAAAGCUUUCGACUUUUUCCCUUCGAAUCUCUCUCUCUCUCUCUCUCUCGAUCCAUUGAUCGAAAGCAAGUGGGGAGGUCGGGUUGCGGAGCGAAGAUGGGUUGUACGCAAUCGAAGAUCGAGAACGAAGAAGCGGUCACUAGAUGCAAGGAGCGAAAGCAGUUCAUGAAGGACUCCGUCUCUGCCCGCAACGCCUUCGCCGCCGCGCACGCCGCCUACGCCAUGGCCCUCAAGAACACCGGAGCUGCCCUCUCCGACUACGCCCAUGGCGAGUUCCUUGUCUCCUCUCACUCAUCCAUCGCCGCCAUCGCCUCCGGCGGAGCCGGUGUUGCUUCCCCUCCCUCGACAUCCUCCUCCGCUGCCGCCGCUGUCGCUUCCUCUUCCGCUGCCGGGAUCCCUCAGUCGGUUCCCGACACGCUUCCCCCUCCUCCUCCUCCUCCGCUGCUUCCUCUUCAAAGGGCUGCGACCAUGCCGGAGAUCAAGGCGAGAUCCGGUGGUCCGUCGGGUGGUGGGUUGAACGGUACGAUAAUUGAGGAGGAUGGAGCCCUAGAUGACGAUGACGAGGACUCUGAAUUGGAGAAUCGUGAGAGGUUAGUGAGGAAGUCGAGGAGCAGGGGAGGGAGUAGCAGAGGUCGGAGGAUGGAGGAAACCCAGGAGACCCCUCCGCCGCCACCUCCGUCUGUAGCUCCGGUGGAGGCAAGGACAUCGACGCCGCCGCCGCCGCAGCAGCAUCAGCAUCAGCAACCUUACUUCGAUUACUUCUUCCCUAACGUCGAGAGCAUGCCGGGAACCACCCUGGAGGAAACCCCACCUCCGCCGCCGCAGCCUCAGGCGAAACCACCGCCUCAACCGCCGUCUCCGGUCAUGGAGGAAGAAGAACCAGUGGUUCCACGCAAGUCGCUCGACGAAAGGUCGAAGAGAGUGGAGGAAUCGAGUGUGAAAGCGGAGAUGGAGAUGGAGAUGGAGAUGGAGAAAGCUGCUGCCAUGGGAGGUGGUGGAUCUGGGAGAGGGAUGAAGAAGGGCAAGGGGACGGCGUUCGCCGGAGAGAGGAGGAUGGCGAGGAUGCCGACGAACCUGGUGAAUGUAUUCACUGAGCUUGAUGACAACUUCCUCAAGGCUUCAGAAAGUGCUCAUGAGGUUUCCAAGAUGCUUGAAGCCACUAGGCUUCAUUACCACUCCAAUUUCGCAGAUAACCGAGGGCACAUUGAUCACUCUGCCCGGGUAAUGCGCGUCAUUACAUGGAACAGAUCGUUCAGAGGGUUACCGAACGCAGAUGAUGGGAAGGAUGAUUUCGAUUCUGAAGAGAAUGAGACACAUGCCAGUGUCUUGGACAAGUUGCUGGCUUGGGAAAAGAAGCUCUAUGAUGAAGUGAAGGCGGGAGAACUCAUGAAAUUCGAGUACCAGAAGAAGGUUUCUCACUUAAAUAAGCUAAAGAAACGGAGUGGGAACUCGGAUUCAUUGGAGAGAGCUAAAGCAGCAGUUAGCCAAUUGCAUACAAGAUACAUAGUUGACAUGCAAUCCAUGGAUUCAACUGUUUCUGAAAUCAAUCGUCUUCGGGAUCAACAACUCUAUCCAAAACUCGUUCAGCUUGUUGACGCGAUGGCAAAGAUGUGGGAACUGAUGCAAAUUCAUCAUCAACGACAGGCCGAGGUCUCAAAAGCGCUGAGAUCUCUGGACAUAUCCCAGGCCGUGAAGGAAACAAACGAUCAUCACCAUGAACGUACCAUCCAGCUUCUUGCCGUCGUUCAAGAAUGGCACACACAGUUUUGCAGGAUGAUAGAUCAUCAGAAAGAAUACAUAAAGUUCCUCAACAGUUGGCUAAAACUCAACCUAAUCCCGAUCGAAAGCACUCUAAAAGAGAAGGUAUCUUCCCCGCCAAGGGUUCCCAACCCUCCAAUCCAAAGACUCCUCAUCGCUUGGUACGACCGCCUUGAUAAACUCCCGGACGAGAUGGCCAGAACCGCCAUUAUAAACUUUGCGGCUGUGAUCAGCACGAUAAUGCAGCAGCAAGAGGAAGAGAUGAAACUCAGGGACAAGUGCGAGGAAACACGAAGGGAACUCGCCAGAAAGACCCGGAAUUUCGAAGAUUGGUACCACAAAUACAUGCAGAAGAGAAUACCCGAGGAGAUCAAUCCCGAGGAAGAUAACGAUGCCCACAAGGACGUGGUCAUCGAACGGCAACUUGCCGUGGAACAGGUGAGGAAGAGGCUGGAGGAAGAAGAGGAAGUGUACCAGAGGCAAUGCGUACAAGUGAGGGAGAAGUCGUUGGCCAGUCUCAGGACCCGACUACCCGAGCUGUUUCAGGCAAUGUCCGAGGUUGCUUAUGCUUGUUCGGACAUGUACAGGGCUCUUCGGUACCUGACUCAGCGCCGGAACCAGAACCAGAACCAGAACCAGAACCAGAACCAGAACCAGAGCCAGAGCCAGAACACGAACACGAACACGACGACCGGCCAGGCUUCUUGAUGUAAGCUCCUCCUGUAUACCUCGUUUUAGUUGCACAUUUGCCUCUUUUUAUACGAUAUUCUUCACAUCUUGUUUAUGUUGUUGUUGCAUUCAUGCACAAAAUAGAAUAAACAGCAUAUAAAAAAAUAUUUUUGGUGGUACACUACACAAAGGAAUUGUUCCUUUA